UUUCCCUCGUGCUUCUGCCCUUCCUCCGUCACCAUACUCUGUUCUAUUCUCUGCUUGCCCGUCGUUUUGGUUCUCUGGGAGAGCCGUCCGUUCCUUACAACUCAUCCGUCGAUCACUCCACUUCUGUCGCUCCUUUCUCCAUCUACCGAACCAGGUACUGACACCAACUAACACCCAUUUUGAAACCGCCAUGGCCAGGAUGCUGGGAAGGUCGAGGUCAUUCCGAAUGCUCAAAGGCGGAUACAAGGAAACGCACCAACGAGACGCAGACAACACAACGCCACAGCCCACUCUUUCAGAUGUCGAAUCCGAUAGAUUAAAGGCACCAACGCCUGUCACACGAGCAGAGAGCAGAGUUGAAACUCUCGAUCCCGAUAUGCUGCCACGGCCCAGGACUUCUAGCGGGCCAGGCGACCGCUCAACGCUAUUCCACAAAAAAGUGAUGCCCAUUCAAUCUGUCGACGAUUCUCGCUUUGAUGUCUCAUAUACAUCGCCCUCAAAAUCCACUUCCACCCUCUACACUGCGCAACUUUCGGAACAGGAAGGUAUCAUUGGCAUUGCGCUUGGGAGUCCCACCAUGCCGCCUCAACACUGGCACGCACCUCCCACAGACUUCGUGACGCAGACCCAGGGCACCAUUACCCAGAUAUCUUCCAACAACCAAUCUCCGGAAUCUAUCCCUCGAGCGUACGAGAGCCAGAAUGAGGCACCAAAGCCCAAGCUCAGCCGAUGGAAAUCUAUCUUCAAGAAGACAGCUCCACCACCCCGACAGAACAAGGACACUUUUUACCAACUAGCAAAAGCAGUCAACUCUGCCCGGUUAGACAACCAGCCAGACAACGACUCUCUGUAUUCACGAUCACUUGCGCAAGAGGAUGAUGUCGCCGCAAAUCCUUCACCAACGUACACUUUCAAAUCGGAUAUCAGACCAUCUCGCAACAAGCAGACAGGGCACUUGGCACCAGACACCAGGCCGAGGGCUCUGACGGCGGGUUCGGCAUCAGGCAAGGUGAAGUCGCCACUAUCGCGUUUUGCGCUCAGUCCAAGGCCUCAGAUACCCACCAACAGUUAUGCUGCGCUUCCUUCAGUGACCGUCUCUGGAGCGUCAAAAAAUACGUCACCUCAGCUGCCUGGGGGUAAGCCGUUGCUUGAUGUAGAUAUUCCUAGCGUACAGAUGGAACGAUAUAGUGUCAUGUUCAGUGGACUGCUCCAACCACAGACUACGAAUGCCUCCUCAUCGCUCUUGCAAAGGCGGCAAGGUGCUGCGGACAAAGUCAAGCCGCUGAAUGGAUUAUCUGUAAAGAGCAACAAUGACCAAUCUCGCGACGGCUUGCAGCGACGAGCAACAUCCCCCAGCCUACCAUCAAAGUCACCCUCCGGCCACCUCUCCCUCUUCCCAUCCGCAAACACCAGCCGCGCACCCUCACCACACAUCAUCACCAACCGGCCACGGCCUCUCCAACGCUCCAAAACCGCGCCCGCCGUGUCCCCCUCCCAACUCAACUUCCCCUUUCAAUCCACCAAGAAAGCGGCGGCGCCCCAAGAAAUCGACUACCCGGACACCCCCUCCCUGUCCCGCACCUCAAGCCCCACCUCGGACCGCAGCUUCGACUCUGACAGCGAAGAAAUCACCAUUGUCGCCACGCCCCAAAAUGCCCCGCCGAAGCCCUGGCGUCCGCACGCUCAAAUCCGAAGCGACGAACGGGAGCCCGUCUGGGAAAUCCUGCCCCGCCAGCCCUCCACCGUCACCAAGGCCUCCGCCCUCCGCUCCCACCCCACCAGCGCCGCGUCACCCGCGCCCCAAGAACCCAUGUCAGCCUCUGUGGCAACGGUACGCAGCCCCGUCCUCAACCGCACGCGCUCCCACACCGUCCUCACGAGCACGAGUCCGCGCCCCGGCCCAGAGCACUCGACCACAGUUACAGGCACAGCGACGUUCGGCAUCGCGCGCUCCGUGUCAGUCUCGCGGGCGACGCGGUCGCCGGGCGCGGCGUUGAGUCCCGCGGGCAGCGAGGGCGUCGUGCCGCCGUUUGUGAGGAGUCCGGAUGGUCUACAACCGCCGGGGAAGUUUCUUGGGGCGAGCAAGCCGUUGACGCCGACGCUGGUGGAGCUGAAGAAUCGGCGGAGUCAUCGGGUGCAGCUUGUUGAUGCGUGAGUGGGCGAGAACCACGUUUCGCUACCAUGUCAUGUUUGUGUCUGGCGCUUUUUAGGAUUGGAGUGGAUUGGGUGGUUUCUUCAUAGCAUGGUGUCUGGCGUUUGCACCGACCACACUGCACCAGCGGUGCUACUUCAUUCUUUCCUGC